AGGGAAAAAAAUUAAGGGGAAAUAGAGUAUGGAUUGCAAAUAUGAGAGGUUUGGUGUGUAAGGGAUACAAAUUCUCUUUCGUUUUCACAUAAAUUCCCACAUGCUGAUCCUCUCGCUCUUCGUCUUCUAGAGAAGAUGUUGUCUUUUGAACCCAAGGACAUGCCUACAUCUGAAGAGGCGCUUGCGGAUCCGUACUUCAAGAAUUUAGCUAAGGUUGAAAGGGAGCUCUCUUGUCAACCCGUCACCAAGCUGGAAUUCGAGUUUGAGAGGCGGAGGAUUAGAAAAGAGGACGUACGAGAGCUCGGAGUCUCUCGAGUAUCACCAAAGAUGCUUAAAGAAUACUUGGAUGGAUCAGAGCCACCGAACUUUAUGUAUCCUAGUGGAAAUUCAAGAAACAGUUUGCUUACCUCGAGGAAUAUUUCAAGAAUGGUACUUGCGCAACAUGCAUCGCUAGGGCUUGUAUUUUGUACUCUGGUAACAACCAUGCGGCGGCACAACAGAGUUCAGUGGAAGUCACUGAUGGACUCUCCAAGUGUAGCAUCAGAGAUACAUAGCGACUGUGUGGUGCUGACAGGAGAGUUUCUAUUAGCGUCCCUCAAACUAUUCAAGGUGUUGCAGUAGCUAGGCCUGGAAAAGUAGUUGAAUCUGUGUUGUGGUGUAAUAACUGUGGCGCAGCCACAGGAGUCGAAGCUCUUGAACAACAACAGCGUAAUUCUGAUCAAUGCAACCGUUGCUUCAGUUUUCUUCCAUUGGCAUCACAACCAUCAGCAAACAUAUCUUUUGGAUGUCCUGGUGCAAUUACAGAGUGCUCCCUAAGCCUCGCCAAAUACUUCAAUAGCUCAGUUAAUAGAGAUGGACAGCUCCUUUUCAGAUAAUCAAACCCAUCUGUUUGCAUCACAGCUGAUAAAAAAAGGUAAAAAUAACGUAAGCCUACACAAGCAGAGAGCUGGCUCACAAAGAUUUCACAGUAAAGAGCAUGAGCCUCUUUUUGUUUACCUUUCAUAGAUGGUUAUGUCCAUGAAGAAGAGAGAGAUACAAAGAACGAAGGAGAGAAAGAUCGUGGGAAGAAAAAAAUCGUGAGAGAAAAUAUACUGUGAGAGAUUUAGUGUAGAUUUAAUGUAGAUUAGGAAAGAUAUUAACCGAAAUAUGGAAGUUUCCAUAUUUUCAUGAUUUGGCUAUAAUAUGUAUUCUACGUAGAGCAGAGCACUAUAGAAAGGGUGAGAAGUUUAUUAUUCCGUACGCGUAACAUAAAGUAAAAGGUAGAACAUGUUAUGACACA